UUUUUAUAUAUAUCUUAUGCCAAAACUAAAAUACAAAUCUAAAAAGAGCCACAAGCACAAAACGUCUUCAAAAAAGAAACGUCGUCAACAUUAUUCACCACCUUAUAUUUAUGAACAAGAACCACCUCCUCAAGCAUUCAAGAAAACAGAAGAACAAGAAUGGCAAGAAAAAUUGUUUGAAGCUAUGGUUGAUGAAGAAGAUCCUUUUUAUACUUUUUAUGAUACAAACUCUGGUCCUUCUACUAAUGAUCCUCACUACAUGUCAGACGAUGCUUAUGCAGACUAUAUCAAUCAAGGUAUGUAUCGCAAACAACAUGCUGAAGAGCUAGCUCAACAAGAAGCAAGGCGACAAGCAAGGGCAAAACGAAGACAAGAAAGGGAAGAGGCAAAUAGAAAGUUGGAACAAGAACAUUUGGAACAAUUAAAACGACAUGAACGUAUUCGACAAGAAGAAACACAACAAAGAUUAAAAAAAUAUCUGGAACAAUAUACUUUACAAUGGAAUACAUUCAACAAUAAUAAGAUAAUCACUAGUCUUCGUGAUAUUCCAUGGCCAACACUAGGUUCUCGUAUUACAAGAGAUAAUGUCCGUGCCUUUUUGAUUCACCAUACCCCAAAGCAAAUUCGACAAGAACAAUUACGCUAUCAUCCUGAUAAAUUUAUCCCAAGAAUAAAAUCUAUCUUCAAAGGCUCGGAAAAGGAUUUGGAUUGGAUACAAAGGAAGGAUAAUGAAGUUUCUGGCUGGUUAAAUGAACUCUGGACUGAACGAAAUGAAUCUUAAUGGACCGUUAGAUGAUGUUAGUUUUUUUUUUUUAGCUUUAGUUUAGAUUGUGUAUAUAUAUAUACCAAAUACUGUAUAUAUCUUUUUUUUUUGUUUUGUU